AUGAUUAUUAUUAUGCCCCAAAAGCCCUUCUCUUUCUUUUCUCUCUCCUUUCGCAUUUCGUUUCGCCCCCAACUAAACACGCACUCACACACACACAGACACGCACUCGCAGACCACCCACCGGCCGCCACCACCGCCCUCGAGCUUCGAGCCCACGUUCUUCUUAGCCCCAAAAUCACCUCUUUUUCUGAAUCAUUCCUCAGAUUUACAGAUGCGCGGGGCCGAGAAGGAAAUGGACGUAAAUUCGAUCCCUUGUUUUUGGGCGAUACGAUGGCGCAUCAAGAGGUGAGUGUGAAACGGGAGACGGUGGCGCCAUGCAUGACUUGCCCUCUCUGCCACAAGCUCUUUCGGCAAGCCACCACUAUUAUCGAGUGUCUCCAUACUUUUUGCAGGAAAUGCAUAUAUGAGAAGCUAUCAGAUGAAGAAAUGGAGUGCUGUCCAAUAUGUGAUACUGACCUGGGAUGUGUUCCGUUGGAGAAAUUAAGGCCGGAUCACAAUUUGCAAGAUGUAAGAACAAAAAUAUUUCCUUGUAAGAGGAUAAAGGUGAACUCCCCUGAAGUGGUGACUCCUGUUGUGUUGCCAGCCAAGAGAAAGGAAAGAUCCCUCUCAUCAUUAGUAGUCAGCACCCCAAGAGUAUCAACACACACUGGGAUGACUGGAAGGAGAUCGAAAUCAGUUGCAAGAAAAGCAUCCAAGGGCUCCAGUUUCACCAUAGUUAAGAACACUGUUGAUGAUCCUCGUGAGAGUUCUGGCUCACCAGAGAUGCUGAACAAAUUAACUCAGCAUAUUAGGCAGAGCUCUGCCGUGGACGAGCCAUCUAAUGACCCUAGUGGUAGUGUGGGCAGAGAAAAUCAUUCUGAACUUUGGAAUGGAAAACUUGAUAUCUGGAAGCCUCUUACUUGUUUGGUAGAAGCAGCAAAUAGAAGCAAAUCUUCUAAGUUGAGCACGCAAGGUUCUGUUGUUAAACUCGAGGACCAACGUUCUUACGACAAUGAGGGUCCUCUGGGGACAAAUAAACAUAAGGAACACCGUAGGAAGUCAAAAGUUAAGGACGAGAAAAACAGCAGUGACAAUACACCUACGGAAUCUGAAAGACCUAAAAAGUUGCGGAAAAUCCGUCAGAAGGCACAGAAUUUUGGAGAAUUCAGGGUUCCACCCGAGGUGGUUGUGCUAGAUGCUGCAAGUGCUAAAUUAGAAAGAAAAAGCUAUCCAAUUUGGUUCUCCUUAGUGGCCUCUGAUGAGCUGAAAGGAGAUGCUCCACCUCUGCCUCAGAUUUCUGCAAGUUACUUGAGAAUAAAGGAUGGAAGCAUACCGGUUUCAUUUAUACAAAAAUACCUCCAGAGGAAGUUAGAUCUUACCAGUGAAGUUGAGGUUGAUAUCAAAUGCAUGGGGCAAACGGUUGUCCCCUCAUUGCCCCUUAAUAACUUGGUCGAUCUUUGGCUUCAAAACACUAGUAGGGAGAUAGUCUCAGCUACGGUUGGCUCGUCCGCUAAGGAUUUUGUGAUGGUGUUAGGUUAUGCUCGCAGGCUAACCGAUUCUUGA